UCUGACAUCCUUCCAGUGGCGAGAUAAUGGCGAAAAUGGGGUCGCUAUUCAAGGCAAUGAAAAGAGGUGCUGCAUUUGUCGAUUGGCGUUGAAGUUUGCCGAUGGUCGAUAACGACAGACAGGUUGAUGAGCAGAGGGCAAAGCGACAGAGAACGAUUCAGGUGGCGGCUUCAAGGAGACUGCUGUGAUGCUACGUAGGCAACUGGAAGAAAAGGGCUUUUCUACCAUGAGAGAGUGAUACAGUGAGGAUACACAGCGAGCUGGUGAAGUUUUGGGGAAUGGCAGGUCGAAGCCGAAGAGCAUGGUUUAGUGUUCUGUUGGGACUGGUUGUCGGGUUCACCCUGGCUUCCAGACUCAUUUUACCCAAGGCGACCGAGUUGAAGAAAGCUGGACAAAAACGAAAAGCCAACCCCGCCGGUUGUGGGCUGAACGGGGGUCUCAGAAAGGAAUACGGCGGAGUCCUAUGGCCACCGCAAGAUAACGGUUCACCGGUGACCGAGAAACCUGGCUCCAGGUCCAAUAAUUUCCUGUUCGUUGGUGUAAUGACUGCCCAGAAGUACCUGAACAGUCGAGCCGUGGCGGCAUACAGGACCUGGGCACAGACAAUUCCAGGUCAUGUGGAGUUCUUCUCCAGUGAGGGCUCAGACACCUCCAUACCCAUUCCCAUAGUGGCUUUGAGGAAUGUGGAUGACUCGUACCCACCCCAGAAGAAAUCUUUCAUGAUGCUCAAGUACAUGCAUGACCAUUAUCUGGACAGGUAUGAGUGGUUCAUGAGGGCUGAUGACGAUGUCUAUAUUAAGAGUGAGAAGCUGGAGAGCUUCCUGCGCAGCCUCAACAGUAGUGAGGCCAUCUUUCUUGGCCAAACAGGCAUGGGGGCCCGGGACGAGUUGGGGAAACUGGCCCUGGAGCCUGGGGAAAACUUCUGCAUGGGGGGGCCAGGGGUCAUCAUGAGCCGUGAGGUCCUCAAGAGGAUGGUGCCCCACAUCCGAGAGUGUCUACAGGAGAUGUAUACUACCCAUGAAGACGUGGAGGUGGGCCGGUGUGUCAGGAGGUUUGCCGGUGUCCAGUGUGUCUGGUCCUAUGAGAUGCAGCAACUCUUCUAUGAGAACUAUGAACCAAAUAAGAAGGGCUACAUACGAGAUCUCCACAACAGCAAGAUCCAUCGGGCCAUCACUCUCCAUCCCAACAAGAACCCUCCCUACCAGUAUCGCCUACACAGCUAUAUGCUCAGCCGCAAGAUUGCAGACCUGCGUCACCGAACCAUUGAGCUCCACCGAGAGAUCGUCCAGAUGGGACGCUACGGAGCAGCUGAGCCUAGCCGAGACGACCUCCAGCUCGGCAUGCCGCCCUCAUUUAUGCGCUUCCACCCACGACAGAGAGAGGAGGUUCUGGAGUGGGAGUUCCUGACAGGGAAGUACCUGUUCUCAUCAUCUGACGGUCAGCCACCCCGCCGUGGGAUGGAUUCCUCCCAGAGGCAAGCCCUGGAUGACAUCAUCAUGCAAGUAAUGGAGAUGAUCAAUGCCAAUGCGAAGACACGGGGCCGGGUCAUUGAUUUCAAAGAAAUCCAGUAUGGUUACCGGAGGGUCAAUCCUUUAUAUGGGGCGGAGUAUGUGCUGGACCUGCUACUGCUGUACAAGAAACACAAAGGAAAGACCAUGACAGUUCCUGUGAGGAGGCACGCCUACCUGCAGCAGACCUUUAGCCAGAUCCAGUUUAGAGAGGAGGAGGAGAUGGAUGCCAGAGCUCUGGCCAGCCAUAUUAACAAGGAGUCAGACUCCCUCUCAUUUCUGUCAAACUCCCUCAAGAUGCUGGUGCCCUUUAAGCUGGCCACUUCUGGCCAGGACCAGAGGGAACCAAAAGAGAAGAAAGUCAACAUCUUGGUACCUCUGUCGGGACGUUAUGAUAUCUUUGUGCGCUUCAUGGCCAACUUUGAACGAGUUUGUCUGAUCCCAAACCAGAAUGUCAAGCUGCUGAUCCUGCUCUUCAGCACAGACAACAAUACAGAGCGGGUCAAGCAGGUGGAGCUCAUGAGAGAGUAUCAUAUGAAGUAUCCACGAGCUGAGAUGGAGAUAAAGCCUGUUGCUGGCUCUUUCUCCAGGGCUCUUGCUUUGGAAGUGGGCUCCUUGCAUUUCUCUAAUGAUUCACUGCUCUUCUACUGUGAUGUGGAUCUGCUUUUCACCAGCGACUUCCUCAAACGAUGUCGGUCAAACACGGCCGUUGGGGAGCAGACCUACUUCCCCAUCAUCUUCAGCCAGUAUGACCCUAAGGUGGUGUACGCUGGGAAGGUCCCUAGCAACAACCACUAUGUCUUCACCUCCAAGACAGGCCUGUGGAGGAACUACGGCUUUGGGAUCGUUUGUGUCUACAAGGGGGACUUGGUCCAAGCUGGAGGCUUUGAUACCUCCAUACAGGGGUGGGGACUAGAGGACGUCGACCUUUUUAAUAAAUUUGUCCAGUCGGGUAUUAAGUUGUUCAGAAGUACAGACACAGGCAUAGUACACGUUCACCACCUGGUCAUAUGUGAUCCCAACCUGGAGGCGAAGCAAUAUAAGAUGUGCCUGGGCUCCAAAGCCUCAUCGCACGGCUCCGCCCAGCAGUUGGCCGAGCUCUGGCUGGAGAAGAACGACCUCGGCUUCAGGAGACUGGCCAGCAAUAAUGGCUCAGUUAGGACAGUGUGAAAAAAGCCAGGCUGCAGACUAUCAUAAACUGAACCUGAACCUUCUCUGUGCUCAUUUCCUCUUCUUAGUGGUGUUUUCACUACCUAAUUUAUUUUUUACUAAAAUGAAAGACUUCACAUGGAUAUCUUUUGAAAACGUGUCUUUUUUUAAAAGAAAAUAUACAGUAACGCCAUGAUGAACAAUUCAUAGAGACAGUCUGGGCCCUUAUAUGGAAGUACCUGUUUUGAUUCAUGAUAGAAGGAAUAUUAACUGAUAUUCUUGUAUUAGCCUGAUUAAACAGGGGCCAGAGGCUUCUCUAGCCUGUUACAUGUUAUCUGUCAGGGCAGUGGGAUAAGGGGACCCAGGGAUUAUUAAUGUGUACCUCAGUGAAGUACAUUGCCAUGGCCCUUAAAUAUUUCAUUUGUCCUGUAUGCAGAAAAUAGAUGAACAUGUGUCCAUGUAUUUUCAGACCAGCAGUGCUCGAAACAUAACUCAACUCUUGAUUGUGAAUGUUUACAAAAAACUGAUUCAAAACAUUUCAUCAAGGAAAACUCAAAUUACAGCUAUCUGAGUGAUUACUAAGGGCCAUUUAAUUUGAUUUCUUUGAUUUACAGUGGUUUUCUUUUUCCAUUUGCUUUUAUGGUUUUGGUAAUACAACAUAACACUGUUACUGUUUUUGUAUUUUUCUUAAUAAUAUUUUCUGUGAACCCAACUGCUGGAUUUGAUAUCUGCAAUUCAUCUUUUGCUGUCUAAUUUAUUGAAUUUGCAGUCUCCAUUUUCUACUCUCUGACUGUUUAAAUAUGUAUAUUGGAAAGAUUGUAUAACCAUGUCAGUUGUGGGAUAGUUUUUUUUUUUCAUGUUCCUUUUCUUAAACUCAUUAUCACCAAAGAGUUUUGCACAGUCUGCUUUAGGUAUCAUGUUGCCUGAGUGUGUGUGUGUGUGUGUGUGUGUGUGUGCGUGUGUGUGUGUGUG